CUCUCCGUCAGCAUCUCCACCUUCAGCCUGGUCGCCAUAGCGAUCGAGAGGUACAGCGCCAUCUGCAACCCGCUGAAAUCGCGGGCGUGGCAGACUCGUUCCCACGCCUACCGGGUCGUCGCCGCCAUCUGGGUGUUGUCGUUAGUCAUCAUGGUGCCCUACCCAGUGUUUAGCCACCUCAAGUCGUUCCCCAAACCCGACCGAACCACAGGACACAUGUGCCGCCUGGAAUGGCCAAGUGGUGGGGUGGAACAGACAUGGUGAGUGAGUUUCUGACUGGAGAACUCUAGUGCAGUGGUCAGAACUGGUCCCCUAGAUAGUUUCCUGACACUAAUUAAGUCAGUUCUCGAGUGGUAGUUUCAAAGUAAGCAGUCAUCAAAGGAGGUAACAUAGAUUGCCAGUCCCUUGUUCAAAAAAGUAUCUUGGGUUUGUUCGGUUUGUUUUUAUGUCUGAUUGCUUUUAAUGAAUAUAUUUGUUUAAAAAUAAAUAUUUGCUUUUUUUCCAUUUCUGCUCAGGGAAGCAAUGAAGCAUUUGAUGCUAUUUUCAUUAUAUUUCCACUGACAUAAAAUGUGCCCUAAAGUAAUGUCCUCCCUCUUCCCCCUGCUAGACUGUGAACAGAAUCGUCAUAGCUGGACAUUUAGGAGCACCACAGCAACAUCUAAGGCAAAGCAAUUAUAUUUGUAGGUGGAUUAGUUUGCAUUGCUUCAGGGCUAGAGAAGCAGUUUUAGAAGGUAAUUCCACUCUAAAGACCAACAGUUUAUUAAACACUGGUCUAAGAUUAGUAAUAUAGCUUGAAUAAAGCUCCACUGCCCAAGUAUCUGCAGUUCAAGGCAAGGCUUUUUUAUUUUUUAAUGGGCAUCAAUUUGCCCAUUAAACAAACGGAGAGGCUGUAGAGCAGAGGAAUUAAAGAAAGAUUGAGAUUCUCCAGGGGUACUCCCCAGCCUAAUACAGCUCUCUCGUUUCUCUCCUCCAGACUGUACUUCUUAUCUUUUACACUAAAUAAUCUCAUUAAAUGGGGCUGGGGGUACGAUGUCCAUAUUAGGACAGCCUCAGUCUCUUAUUUUCUUUCACACUACUAUUCUCUCUAUCUGCAAACGUCUCUGAUUGUGGUCUUGUCUUGCACUGUCUGUCAAAAACCCUGCCAAGAGAGAGAGAGAGAUAAUGAGAGAGAGAGAGAGAGAGAGAGAGAGAGAGAGAGAGAGAGAGAGAGAGAGAGAGAGAGAGAGAGAGAGAGAGAGACAAAUUAUUAUAUCCCUCUUGAGAGGUGGAGAAGUCUGUCUGAGUUCUCCAGCUAAUUGUGACAUCCAGGUAGCUGCUAAUCUUGCUGAGAUUUGAUUUCCAGGCAUACCUUGAAACCGUAAGAGUCCUUUGGGGAUAUAUCUCUUAACAGUGGCAGGCACAAUCCUUUUAAUUGGAUUGACAUUAUAAUGUUGAAUUGAUAUGCAGAAAAUGAUCAAAGCAGUGAUGACAGUGGAUGAAUUACUACAAUAUACUUCAGAAAAUAUGCUAUUGAAACAUAACUUGUGACCUUGGUGCUUUUGUACUUCUGGUGACCUCUUUGAGUCCGAACCUCUUGGUGUAAUGGCUAAGGUGUUGGACUGACAGUCACAGGGACUAUUUGAAUCCAUUACGGGCUACUCCCCAAAUUGGCAAAUGAUACAGGGUGUGUAAUUAUGAUUAUGCCUACUAACGGUGCCGGCCAUGAAGAAUCCUCAAAUGUGACCGACUGGCUCGAUUCGGUCUUAUGUAGCAAAAUUUGAAAUUGUGAUUUUUUACAUGGAUUUUUACAUGGUAUAUCACACACUACAGUUGAGGAUCAAUGGGAAAGUAAUUCUGCUUUGAAAGUUGCUAAACUAGUAACCUCACCUUUGAGAAAAAGACCUUUGAAUGUUUUGAUACACCCACUGGAGAGCUCUACUUUGUCUACACACAUUCAGCAUCGUUCACACCCUCUUAAGCUAUAGCCCCGACUGUAACUCAGAGCGUUGUCAGAUUGUCUGUUUGUUUUAUUCAGAGCGUUUCGCUCUCGGAGCGUUCAGAGCACACACUGGACGCUCUGGCCGAGGAGUAGGGUUGAUCCGAGCGUUCUGUCCUAACAACAGCAUUCAAGCACCCAAGUUAAUCUUGGCUAGCUUGCUAGUUACUUCCAGGCACAAAUGAGAGAACAGCUCACUCUGACCAUUUUACUCGCCCUAGUAGAGCUGGUUAGGCUGUUUUUAUGUUAUUCAGAGCGUUGGUGACUGCAACUGUGCUGCUGGCAACAAUUUAAUUUAAUCGAUCUCUCGGCAUGUCCAGCCCACUCAUUAUCUCAGCCAAUCAUGGCUAGCGGGAAGGUUGCUUUCUUUUUCUAUGGCUAAACCAACUAGGCUUGUAAUUUAACAAUUGUAUUCAUAUUUACAGAUGGGAUAAAAGUUUGUUAUUAAGGCACAUGAAAGUUCACGUUCCAGAAGGCAUUUUCUGCCAAAAAAUGCAUUUUGAUAAAAAUGAAAAAGUUUACUUUCAAAUGACUCUCCUGUGAAGUAGUGACAGGCGACAUACGCCUAGUUACCUGAAACGAGUCACAAAUCAUGUGAAACUGAAAUAUUAGUGUAGCACCUGUUCCUCGCCCCCUUCCAUGUUCUUCUCUGACGAUAGAGGAUCAGGAUCAAAGACUAAACAAAAGAUUAACCGAAACCUCUAACCUCUAUUCCUCUCUGUAUGUCCCUCCUUCUGGUCACCUUUUGUCCCCCCACCCCUGAUGUGUGACCCACUAUCAAACAGAGUACUGAUGAAAAGCUUUGAGUAUCAGAGGCUGCGUUAAUGAAUGAAUGAGAAUCUGCUGCAAAGGCUGAUGGGAGAUGAAAAAGGAACCAUCCAAGGAGGAUGUUCAGAGGAAAACACCCACGCACCCAUUAGAAUUUCACACAACACAAAAUAAGGGCUUCCUCUCUACUAAUUCUCAAAGUGUGUGGAAGGAACAAUAGUGGAUUUGUACUUUUUUUGUAUAUGGCCAAAUUGAUAGUAUCCGGAUUGAUGAAAAGAUAAUUGGAAAAAUGUUAAUGACCACCAUUGAAAUAUAAUUCUGUUUUCUGUUAUGACCGCGAUGAUCAAAGUCACUUUUUUUCAUCCUGUCUGGCUUCCCUGUCCCUCUCUCUCCCUCUUUCUCUACCUCUUUCUCUACCUCCAUAUUUUUCUCCUUUUCCCUCUUUUUCUUUCUCUCCAUCUUUUCCUUUCUCUUUCUCAGGUACAUGCUGUUGCUUUUAAUCUUGUUCGUCAUUCCUGGGGUGGUGAUGAUCAUUGCCUAUGGACUCAUCUCCAGAGAGCUGUACCGGGGGAUGAAGUUUGAGCUGGACCAAAACAGAGAGAGCAGUGGUGAGACUCCUACACCACAUGUAUCUCCUGCCAUGGAUUUGAUUGAACAUCUCAUUUGUUUGUUACAAAUUGAAAGUUAUAUAAGUGAAGUUGAGGUUUUGGGUUAGGGAUUGUGGUUUUGAAAUAGGGUUGUACUGGGCAGAAGCAAUGAGGGCAAGGACUGGGAUUAGGGUUUUUAAAACAGGCAACGAUGAGGCUGGGGCCAGGGUAAGGGUUUUGCAUUCAUACAGUAACUAUUUUCUUAUAAGGCCUAUUUGUUUGUGAAUGCAUGUUCCACACUGUGCAGGCUUAUGUUACCAACUCUUUGCUCAUGCUAUUAUUAGUCAUGUACUCCUGUCUUCAACCUACGCACUUACACUCACCUACACACUUACACCCAAUUUAGACACACUUACACACUUCCAUGUACAUUCCACAGCACUGAAGAAUGGCGUAAACACCACCGUGACCACCUGCAACAACGACACAGACGAUGACGGCUGCUACAUCCAGAUGCCGAAGAAGCUACCAUCCAUGGAGCUGUCCACCCUCACCACCCCUAUCCCGGCCCCUCCCAAACCCAGAGCGUCCGCCGAGCACCCUCGUAGCAAUACCUCGGAGGCUAAACUCUUGGCCAAGAAGCGUGUGAUCCACAUGCUCGUCGUCACUGCCGUCCUCUUCUUUGUCUGCUGGAUGCCCCUGUACACGGCCAACACGUGGAAGGCUUUCCACAUCAGCUCAGCCCACCGGCUCCUCUCGGGGGUACCCAUCUCGUUCAUCCACCUGUUGAGCUACACAUCGGCGUGCGUCAACCCCAUUAUCUAUUGUUUUAUGAAUACACGCUUCCGCAAGGCGUUGCUCACCACCUUCGCCCAGUGCCGCCCGCCCUGCUGUCGGCGCCGCCGGGGGAGGCAGGAUGAUGAGAUGACAGUGACGGGGACUAUGGGUCCUUCGUCC